GGGCCCAGGGUGUGUAUCCGGAAUGACAACAGGAAGUGACUGCGUACUGCUUUAAUCGUUUGCUAUUUUAUACAGUAUUUAUCUAAGAUGACAAUUUACGCCUGAGCAAGAUUAUAAAGACGUGAAAACUCACGAUUUUAGCUUUUGUCGAUGCUCGUCGAGAUGACGGCGUCUGAAGAGGCCUGAGAUCAGUCCUCGCGUAGAGUCUAGUGUCCUUGCCAGACACCAGACUGUCGACUGGGCAGCUCGGUGGUGGAUAUCGCUGCCAAAUUAAAGAAAAGGGAGAAAAGGCGUUAGAAAUGCCGGGUUUAACGUGAAGGUUAAGUUAUUUUGCAAUGCUGCCAUCAUCAGCCUGAACCAUGAACUCCAUAUCCCCCAGUGCGGUUCAGUACAUAGUGGGCGGUGGAGCUCAUGAGGACAAGCCCCCACCUCAGUCCAAAAGUCACAUUGGCCACGGGUCCGUAACCGAUGGCACCAGAGAUAGUCCCGGAGAGCUUGCUGAAGUGGAUCGUCUCAAGGCCAAGUUCAUGUCGGCCUGGAACAACGUCAAAUACGGCUGGUCUGUUAAAACUAAAACUACCUUUAACACAACGUCUCCUCUGAUCCUUAUGGGCCAGUCUUACGUGUUCAAUAAUGAAGACGAGGUGGAACGUUUUCGGCAGACGUUUGUGUCCUGCGUUUGGCUCACCUACAGGAGGGAGUUUCCUCAACUGGAGGGAUCCAGCUUAACCACGGACUGCGGCUGGGGCUGCAUGCUGCGCAGCGGACAAAUGCUCCUGGCGAAGGGAUUAAUGCAGCAUUUCAUGCCUCCAGACUGGAGGUGGGCGGAUUGUCACCCGCUGUCAGAUGUUGAUUUUGAGGUGCUGAGACCACGUUCCCCCUCUCGGCCGGCUGGCAUGUCUCUGCCGUCCUUCAGAUCCUCCUUGGCCAGCCCCGUUGUACAGAGGGACCCCAACUCUGGAGACGACGGUGCUCGUAGACGACCUCCUGCUAGCCGUGACCCUAAGGUGGAGGUCCACCACAGGAUGGUGGUGUCUUGGUUCGGGGACCAGCCCACGGCCCCGUUUGGUGUACAUCAGCUGGUGGAGCUGGGAAAAGAGUCUGGGAAGAGGGCAGGGGACUGGUAUGGCCCGUCUGUUGUGGCACAUAUGCUGAGAAAAGCAGUGGCUAAAACCGAAGAGUGUCGGAACCUCGCUGUAUACGUAGCCCAGGACUGCACGAUAUAUAAAGGAGAUAUCAUGCGGUUGUGUGAGCCGUCAGAGUCCAGUGGCUCGGAAUGGAAAUCGAUCAUCAUUUUAGUGCCAGUACGCCUGGGUGGAGAUUCACUAAACCCUUCAUACAUUGAUUGUGUUAAGAGCAUUCUCAAGUUAAAAUGCUGUAUAGGAAUUAUUGGAGGAAAACCCAAGCAUUCCUUAUUUUUUAUUGGCUAUCAAGACGAGCAGCUGUUAUAUCUAGACCCACACUACUGUCAGCCGGUAGUAGACGUCACCCAGGGUAACUUCUCUCUGGAGUCAUUUCACUGCAACUCGCCGAGGAAGAUGAACUUCAAUCGCAUGGAUCCCAGCUGCACUAUCGGCUUCUACGCAAAAACCAAGAAAGAUUUUGAUCAUUUGUGCUUGGUGGUCAGUGAAGCUUUGUCGUCAUCCAAAGAGAAGUAUCCCAUCUUUACAUUUGUGGAGGGUGAGGGGCCGAACUUUGGACUAGAGGGGCAGAGCGAGAGGGCUGUGGACGCCACAUCACACAUUUUGCCGCUUAACAGACCGAGCAAGAACAAAAAGAGGGGAAGCACGGAUGAUUUUGUGCUCCUGUGAGGAGUCAAAGGUCACGUGAAACCUCGUAGAUUCUGCACUAACAUUAAUAAAACUGCACUGUAUGCGUAAGUCAAACAUGAUGUAAAUCCCUCCACACAUGUCGUUGUGUACAUAACAUGUAUUUGCUCAUAAAAUGAAAACGGACACAAAGAUUUUGCAUAAAGCACAAAAAAGGACAAUUAAGAUUUCUUUGCGUGUUAUUUAUUCUAAACUCCUAUUAUUGCAAUGCAAAAAAAAAGGAUUAUUAAUUCAGUACAUGAUUGUACUUCCUGUAAUUAAUAUUGCCUUUAAUAAGAAUUUUGGAGUUGAUUUGUUUUAAUUAAAAACAAUUUUGCAAUGCAAAGAAAUCUUAGUUGUCCUACUUAAUUGUCUUUUUGCAAAAUGUCGUCAUUUUUUUGGCUUUUUGGUUAUAGUGUGUAAUUUAAUUGGGGCAUCUAUGUGUGUGAUUCACCUGUAAAUAGAUCGCAGCUGUGGGUGUGGACAAUCACUACAGUUUUUAAACACACAAAGUCUUCUGUUUCACAUAUGAAACACAUAAAUUUGCUAUUGGUAGACAGAGUAUUGUGCUCUAUAACUGGAUAAAGUUUGAAGUAUUGUGUGUAAUAAUAACUUUGAAUUUGAACACUGGUAUAUGAGAAGCCAUCUUGUUGCUGUAUAUAGUUUUCUGUUUAUAGAACGCUGCAGUAUGAGUGUAUGUUUGUGAUGCUUUUGAAUUGGUUAUCUUAUUUAAUUGUACAUUUUAAUGGGACUCACAGCCUAAGUACCUCCUAAAGCUCUCUGAGACUGUGUGUUGUUGAAUCUGAUGCUGGAAACUGUCUAGAUGUUUGAUUUCUGGUUUUGUGGCGUUUCAGGUCAAUAUGCUGUUACUGUUUAUUUUAUUUUUAUGAAGUUUUUGAACACUGUUUUGUUCAGAUGCAUCUGAAGGUUUAACUUAUGUCAAUUUUUUUUUUUUUAACCAAAACGUUGCUAUUGUUUUUUUCUGUCCUAUGUUUUGAACAUGUGUCUGUGGGACCAGUGGACAGCAAGACCAUCAGCUUGUUUGUCUGUUUGUGGUUUUAAUUUAUUUUCUCAAAAUUAAAAAGUGAAAAUAAUUGUA